AUGAACUCCCACAGAAGAAUGAUGGACAAAAAUUACUCAUUGGUGACAGAAUUUAUCCUGGAGGGCUUAAAUGACAGGCCAGAACUCCAACUGCCUCUCUUCUUCAUAUUCCUGGGGAUCUAUGUGGUUACUGUGGUGGCCAACCUGAGCUUGAUUACAAUAAUCUCACUAAAUGCACACCUCCACACCCCCAUGUAUUACUUCCUUUUGAAUCUGUCUUUUGUAGAUAUAUGUUAUUCUUCUGUAUUUACUCCUAAAAUGUUAAUGAACUUUAUAUUGGAGAAAAACACUAUCUCCUAUACUGGGUGUUUGACUCAGCUGUAUUUCUUUUGCUUUUUUGUCAUCACAGAAUGUUACACACUGACAGCAAUGGCUUAUGAUCGCUAUGUUGCCAUUUGCAAGCCACUGCUAUAUAAUGUUAUAUUGUCUCCUCAGAGCUGUGCUCUGUUUGUAUUUGCAGCCUAUGUGAUGGGAUGUUGGGGUUCCCUGGCCCACACUCUCUGUAUGGCAAGACUGACUUUCUGUGAUGCCAAUAUCAUCAACCAUUAUUUGUGUGACAUCCUCCCUGUGCUCCAGCUUUCCUGCACCAGCACCUACGACAAUGAGGUGGUAGUCUUUGUUCUAGUCGGCAUGAACAUCUUGGUGUCUACAAGCACCACUUUUAUCUCCUAUGGUUUUAUCAUCUCCAACAUCCUUCAUAUCAGCUCCACACAGGGGAGAAUAAAAGCCUUCAACACCUGCAGCUCCCACAUAAUGACUGUUUCUCUUUUCUUUGGGGCAGCAUCAUUCAUGUACCUCCAACCUUCUGACAUAGAGUCCAUGGACCAGGGAAAAGUGGCCUCUGUCUUUUACACAAAUGUGGGGCCAAUGCUGAACCCCUUGAUCUAUAGCUUGAGGAACAAGGAUGUCAAACUUGCUCUGAAGAAGACUCUCAGAAGAAAAAUAUUUUCUUGA